AGAAUUGUUUUCCUAAUUUAAGAUCUCUUCCCCCCUCCCCCCAUCCUUACUUUUCACUUAUCCCUUUUCUUACUAGUUAAUAAUAAAAGUUGUCCAGAACUACCGAGUAGGAUAGUAUAGCAUAGUGUCAAAGGGUUGCAGUGAGUUUACUUACUGUUUUGGCUUGGAAAAAUGUACCGUGUUGGAAUAGUCUUUAGUUUUCAUAUUUGUUUACAGAUUUCUUACUUAAAAUUCUUCUUGAGGCUGAUUCUUCUCUGAGCAAAGUUUGGAGGUAAAUCUGGGUUAUAUUAAAGACCCAGAGGUGAAACAUUUAAAGCCUUCCGCUUUCAUUGUUUAUUAUGCAUCUAGAUUAUUUUUAUAAACAACCUUUUCCAAAUGCCAUGGUUUAUUUGCUGUUCCAUUUCACACACAUACCAGCAGGUGGCAGCACAUGCAGUGGCUGAUUUCAAGAGGUAGGUUAAAACUUAUUCAUAGUGUAGACCACAUGCCCAUUUGACAUAAAGUGCCUAAUGAACACCUCUGUUCCCAUUCACAAUCAUGUACACCUCUCCCAUUCAUGAUUGCAUAACGUCCCUGUGGCAAAUACCGUUGUUAUUGGUAAAGAAACAUUUGAAAAGCGCUGCGUGUAUUUUAGCUCUUCCUCGUUCAAUAAGUAGUUUGUCAUUCUUUGAAAAAUAUUAAUCAUGUUCUCUAUUGUUCUUCAUCUCCUCUCUCCAAUCUGUCUGUGGGACCAGUGUGCUGUCUCUGAACCACCAGCAUCUGAUCCUAAACCUCCUGUGGACUGAGGUUUUGGGAACGUCUGAUCAGAAGUUUGAUAACUCUCACAUGAUGCAAAUAGUUAAAAUCUCUUGCAUACAUGUACCUUUUAACCUCCAAGACGUAGAUAGCAAAUAGCCUUUGCCUUAGAUGACCUGUUUUUUCUUUUUUAAUCAAGCUCAGUAUUCAUGCCUUGGCAAUUGAGAUCCUUUCCUAAAGCUGCUCCACUACUCCAGCCUUCACAUUUUAUCACAUCUUUUCCUGUAGCCUCCAUGACCAUUGACAAGCAAAACAUGAUUUUAUAUUUUCCUUUUCCCCCAACUAAUCUGACAGAGGGAACAACCCAGAUUAAAGUCACAUGUGCAACCCUGCAAUGACCUAGAAUAGCAUUAGGAUUUAUUCAGCCCACACAAAUAAAUGUAGGGACCCAACACUAGCAGGAUGCUAAUACGCCACGCAGGCAGAAAACACUCAGGCCAAGCACAAUCUGAACCCUGGCAAUGGAGACUGUUGCCAUCUGAAAUUGGGCAGGCAAAACCCAUAAAUAAAAGUAGGCCAGAGCCUGUUUAAAACAGUGAAUAAAGGUCGUACUGCAUAUGACAGAAGACUGGGGAAGUUGACAGCCUGCAGUGUAGAACUGCCAGUCAUUAGAUGAGGAGGAAGAAGAUUUUCAAAGGCACAAAUAAGUUUCAGGUGUUCAGCUAAAGCCUGUAGAAAAUCUAAAUCUCUAACAUAAUUUGUGCUGGCUUUUGAAAUUUUUUCCUCAUUUGGAAGAUUCCGUUUUACAUGAGGAUGAUCAUAUUCCCCUACCCCAAAACACAACCACAGUAGAGAUGAAGAUGUUCUGUUAAAGCUCAUGCCUAAUUCUUAAUCUCAGGCAGUAUUCCAGUUUUCUACUGGUCCUAUGACAAACAGAGAUUAAAGCAGCCUAGAGUUGAGGGCAGUGUCUUUAUUCCAAGGCUUUAUCCUACCAAAAGGCUUGAUUAGCACAAUAUAGCGGAAGGCUAGGCAGAGGCCUUUUUUUGCUGACCUCCAAUAAAUUCCCCCUGGUUGCCUGAGCCAUGUCAAGUUAGCAGGAUGUGAAAUAGAGUAUUACUACCUUAAAUCCUUAACUGAUUGAUUAUGGAAGGACUGCUGGAGUUGCUUUAGUCCUUGCCCACACCCCAGUGAGACAUGCAGGACAAUGAUCUCCCAGAGAAGCAUCACAUGAUUCUAAUGCACAGAGAAGAUAAGUUAGUGCUUGACUAGGAGCAUUUGUUUCUGCACUGGUAUGGAAUCCCUCAGGCAGCAGUCACCUCCCAGGUUUAGCUGAGCAGCCAGUGGGCGGCUGGACGGACGGUUGAAGCUGCGAAGGGGGAGCCUUGCACAAUAGAGGGAGGGCCUUUGAGAAGGCGUGACCAAUCAGAGACCGGCUGUGGCAGCUGCUGCUCCGUGAGGCUCCGCGGCAGGGCGAGCGCAGGGCCCCGGCGGUGGUGUAAGAUGGCGGCGGCGGCAGCAGCGACCCGGGUCUGUGUGAACAUCCAGAUGCUGCUGGAGGCGGCCGAGUACCUGGAGCGGAGAGAGCGAGAAGCCGAACAUGGCUAUGCCUCUAUGUUACCCUACAAUAACAAGGACAGAGAUGCCUUAAAACGGAGAAGCAAGUCCAAGAAAAAUAGCAGUAGUAGCAGGUCAACACACAAUGAAAUGGAAAAGAACAGACGUGCUCAUCUGCGGUUGUGUCUGGAGAAGCUGAAAGGGCUGGUACCACUUGGGCCUGAAUCCAACAGACAUACUACACUGAGUUUACUAACAAAAGCUAAAUUGCACAUAAAGAAGCUUGAAGACUAUGAUAGAAAAGCAGUACACCAAAUAGAUCAAUUGCAGCGAGAACAACGGCAUCUGGAAAGGCAACUGGAGAAGCUGGGCAUAGAAAGAAUAAGAAUGGACAGUAUAGGAUCUACUGUUUCUUCAGAGCGUUCAGAUUCUGACAGAGAAGAAAUUGAUGUGGAUGUCGAAAGCACAGACUAUUUAAUGGGAGACCUAGACUGGAGCAGCAGCAGUCCUAGUGAUUCGGAUGAAAGAGGAAGCAUGCAGAGCGUCUGUAGUGAUGAGGGCUAUUCCAGCUCUGGCAUUAAAAGAUUAAAGCUGCAGAACAAUCACAAGCCUUGUCUCAAUCUAUAAGAAGCAACUCAGUAGCUGUUCCAUCCAUUGCAGUUUCCCUGUUGGAUCUUAUUAGGUAGUAUAUUGGACCGUCCCACAAUUCUCUUGCACGUAAAUUUAAUGUACCACCAACAUUAGCGAAAUCAGCUUUGCCUAAGUCCUGAAACAGUGCAUAGGGUUGUGGGUUAUAAGCUACUCUCUGGAGCACGCAUCUGAUUGCAUCCACUAGCUUCUCUUUCUGUCAGUAAACUCAUCUCUGUGAGACUGUACAUUCCAACCAAAUUUUGAAGUACCCAAGAGUAUUUUAGCAGUAAUAGAGAGCUAACCCCCCCCCUUAUUUUUUUGCCUUGAUGUUAUUGUCUAGUAUUCUAGACCUACCUUGUCUUUGCUUAGCAACAUAAUGUAUCUAAUAUCCAGAACUAGUGGCUAAACAUAACUUUGUUUUGAUCAACAAUCUGAAAGGGGAACCCAACUUCCUCAUAGUACAGAUCUGGAAAUGGGUGGACUAAACUUUCAAAAGUAGAGGGUGGAGUAUUUUAGCUGUCCUGUCUCUGAUACUUGUGAGAAUUGUGUAGCAGAAUCUCAAACUUGCUUUGGAAAUUUACUCCUAUUUAUUAUGGGUAUUGCAUUUUUAGUAGUGUAGCUGUAUUACCACCUGACCCAGUCCUCUUGACCUAACUCAUUCAAAGCUCCCAUUGACUUAAAGUUCAAAGGGCUGUAUAUUUGCAGCCUUUACUUUCAAGAGUAACCCCAUUGAACUCUGUCUCAGAUAAGCAGCCAGCAAAUGACAGUGGGAGUUUUGACUAGCGCAGGACAGUGGGACCAAUUUUGGGACGUUCUGAGUAGUUCUUGGAAGAUUGUAGGCAAUCGGCACCUCGCAGGAUUGGGCUGCAAGACCUUGGCAACACAGAUACGCUGCUCCACCUCUUGCAGAUACCUUGGUAGGAUGUCUUCAGCCUUGCACAUCCCAGUUUCUUUAAUACCUAAACCCAAAUGGUACUAUUUCUCUAGUGCAAUUUAUUGUGACCUCAUUGCAUUACAGCUGCAUAUUACUGUUCUAGGCAAGUUUUCCUAGAAGUUUGUUCUUGCUUCUCAUCUCUGGGACAAUUCUUUUCUACCUCAGAGAGAUGAACAAAGAUUAUCUCAAUCCCUUUAGCACAAAAAUAAUUAUGCCUCAUUUGUUUCUAUAAGCAAUGCUUGGUCCUCCUCAAAUCUGUUUUACUACAAAUUUUAGCAAUAACUGAGUGAUGAAGCUAGCUGUGGUAACCUUGGGUGUCAGUGAUUGGGCACAUUUUACAGGAUGUUGCUACUACUACCUUACUACAAUUAUUCAGUGAAGUGCUAUUUGCAUUAAAGCACUUCCUCACCGGGUUGAAUUAUAAGGCACUCUAAAACUGGCUCAUAAAAGAUUUUGUUGCCAGCUUAAACCUUAAUAUUUUCCCCCAAAAAUAUGGUUUUCAACCUUGCAACAUGUUCAUUUAAGCUAAAUAGAGCACAUGUAAAUGUACAUAAUACACAUGAUCUAUAAAUAGUAUUUAUUCAUUUUAUAUAAAAUUAAUGUAAUGGAGAUACAUUCUUAUGCCUUUGUGCUUUUAUAGAUGUUCUGGAAACUUUGUAUGUAGAGGUCUGCUAACAGAGAGAGAAAUAUAUAUAGAGAGAGAGGGACAGAUUUCUUCAGUCCUCUUUCCUUGAAACAUUUUAAGGUCUUUAUAUUCAGCCCACUUGGCAAACUCCUCACAAUGACUAUUCAAUAUUUGAUUCUGGUAAUACAACCAGCUGGUACAAGGUGACCAGAGAAGCCCUAAUAUCCAACAGAGCAAUUUCACUAUAUAAAAGGGCUAUGUAGCUUAUUUAGUGAUGGUCAACAAAAGUGGGCUUUCACACUUGCCUGCAGUCUUUAAAAAUGCAGUUCACGAGACUGAACUAGUCAAGCUGCCAAAAGCCACUAAGACACUCUGUAAAGUGCAAAUGAGCAAACUAUAUAAAAUUUAGAUUUUGUUUUCUUAAAAUAUCCUCAAGCUAUUUUUGGAUAAUUUGAACGCUUUUGAAAAAAAGAAAAGAUGGGAAAUGGGGCUAGUGGAUUGCUAAAAAUCUCCAAAGUAUAUUCUCUUUGUGUGUGCUAUGUUUAAAAAAAAAAAAAAAAAAGGAAAUUUUUUUAAACAGCUGGAAUUUUCAGAUGUCCAGCAGAUUUGCACUGAACUACAACUUGUAUGCCUUUUGCAUUUGUAAGCCUGCUUCCUGAGUACAAGCAGAGAAUCUUCAGAGAGCUAGCUCAAAACCUGUAAACUAGAAAAAAUGUUGAAUAUCUGCACUUUGAGGUCCUUUGCUCAAUAUGUUUUUGCUUGAAACCUCUUGCUUUUCCCCCUUCAAAUAAAUGUUGCAUAAACUGCCUCACAAAACCAAACCUAGAGUUGCAGAUAUUGCUACCUUUAAAAAGGUAGCAAAGUAACUUUAGAUAUUUGGAAAGUGUUGGAGGGGUAUAUUUGAAAUAUUAAAUUGUGUAUUUUGUAUGUUUUUUUUUUAAUUUAGAAAUACUGAGUCUUAAGGCUUCAGCGUAAUGUGUUUUUUAAUUGUUGUGCCUUUGAGUUAACUACAUUCUUUUCUUUUCUUUUUUUUCCCCCUUUGGUGAAAUAUUGAGUGUUUUUGUCCCUAUAUAAAACAGUAAUUAUUUGACCUUUGCACUGUUUGGAUGUGGUCCUCUCAAUUUUGAUGGCAUAGAAAAUGUUGAACUUUGAAAAUGAUGCACUAAUGUCAAAACUGACACAAGGGUAUACGUGGUGUCUUUUCCAAAACUCUAGGCAGGUGCAGUAAAUUUUGCUACUGUGGGCUCCAAGGCCACUUUUGUAUUGGCUAGGACCAUCCUUGGCAGCUUCAAAUCUCUCUGGUCCUCUUUGCUAGUCAACAAGCCCAAGCCUCAGGCAGCUAAGUCUACUUCCAAGGCUGCUGAAAUGGUAGCAUUUUUCUCUGUUUUGCCAGCCUUUUCCUCGAAUUCACUGAUCCACCAGCAUUAUUACUAAAUAAGCUGCAGAAAAUAAAAAAAAAAUUGUAGAUUGUUAAGGGAGUGAGGGACUACUCGUAUAUUCCAAGUUUACGAUUGAUAGUUGCACAGAUGUGUGUGAAUAUAAAACACACUUUUUCUUGUGAAAAGGGCAGAUUAAAAAGUACUGCCAUCAGUAACUAAGUUUCAGUGAAAAUGAUGAAACCAAGCACACACUCAAUUGGAAGAGAAAUCAGAAACUCUUGCACUUAGUAAUCAGAGCAGAGGAAAAAAAAUUUGCAGUAACUUAUGUGUUAAUGAUGGUCUGUCUUAAACAUCCUAAAGUACUGUUUGUAUCUAUUGAGCUUGUUUUCCUGAGUGUUGAGCACCCAGAAUCUAAUUUCUUCUACAAAGCAGAGCUUUCAACUCUUCAUGGUGCUGAUAGUCACAUCUUGUGAAUUUCCAGGGUUGUUGCUAAUACCAAUUUAUGAUGAAAAUUCAAAGAGCACUUUUUUGAGCAGCACUGUAGGUGCCACUAACUUCACAACAUCUUAUAAGAUGAUCUGAAACACUUUAGAGCUCUGGACGUUAACAGGCCAUGGUCUGCCAAUUGCCACACUAGCACUUUGUUCUCUAAUAAGGCACUUCUCUCUCCCGGUCCCAAACCCACUACAGCUCUAUAUCGGCUCUGAAAACAAAAAGAGAGCCCUAUAUCUGAUCUCACUCCAGAGCUAUAAAUCUGUGCAUUAGGCCUACCAACCUAGCUAAGAGAGAGCCUUAUGUUAUAAUGUAUGGUGGCUUUCUCCCUUGCUCAUUCGAAGUGUGUGAACUAGAUGAAACAGGCAUCUGAAAUACUAUCUAGCAAUACGUUCGAGCUUUGAGUUCUUUUGCCCCUUUUGUAACAAAUUUCAGGUUUUGACACUGUAAUGUAUUGGGAAGAAUUCUGCUUUUGCCAGGCUAUGUAUCUGCUCCCCUGAAAGUGUACAUUCUGUUGCUUUUUUUUAUUGCUGCUUGGUCUGCAAGUUGUUUAUACUGUCUAGUAGUAGAAACAGGUACCUCAGUCCCAAGCAUUACUGAAACAUGCGACAGCUGUGUGAAUAGCUAGCCGAGUAGACAUCUCUGGGGUAUGGAAGAAAUCACCAAAAAAUUCCAUUCAAAUGUCUCUAUGCUAUAGCCAGUUUUUAAAAAAAAAAAUCUGGGGUGUAAUGAACUUGAUCCUUCAUUUUUAUUUAUUUGGAAGAAGGUUUUUUGUACCAUGUUGUUCAGGUGAAAGGCAGCUCUACCCAGUUGCUGUUUGCUGAAUAGCUGUUGUAUGACUGCAAAAAAAAAAAAAAAAUUCCAAGUACCUAUAUCUUCUAAAGUGCCCAAACCUUAAGUGACGUGGGGUUUUGACCAGUUCUAUUUGAGUUGUUUUUUCUUCCAAAUUGAUAAAAGAACCAAACUUGCCUAUCUCCCUUUCUCAAGUUGGUGCUCUUAGCAACACUGUUGUUGAACCAUCAGUUUUAUUUUUGGCAGUCUUCCAAAUAGUAAACGGACUAAACAGGGGAGCAAGCAGAUGAGAGAAUAUGAAUUCUGUUUCCAGAUGUUAAGUUCCUAAUGUAAAUACCACAUCAUUAUGAAUCCUGUGUCAAGACCAUAUAAUGGUGCUUUUUAUUACAGUUAGCACAUGCAUUUUUAGAAACUACAUGUUUUAGAAGACCUUGCUGUGUAUAUGUAUACUUCUGUAUUGUUCAACUGUUAGAUAAUAAAUUAUUUCAUUACUAAAGAGAAA